AUGACUCCACCACCAGAUCCCGUCGCUGAUCUAACUCGUCAAGUCACCACACUCACCACUCAGCUUGAUGCUAUGCGUAAACGCUUCGACGACACCGCUCCUUCCGGUGGUUCUCGUUCCAGCGUCGAUUCGCAACACUGUCCUCGUCUCAAACUCGAUGACAUUGCUCGUUCUUCUCGUCCACGACCAUCACCACCACCGUGGCAUUCUACGUUUGGUUCUCGUCCUUCACCAAAGCCUAAUUCCGACCCUCCCUCCACGGCGACGUCUUCGCAAGGCUUACUCCCUACCCCACCUGCUAAGCCUCGAUUUAGGCAUCUUUCUGGGGCGGAAUUGGAUGAUAGACGUAGCAGAGGGUUAUGUUCCAAUUGUGACCAACCUUGGUCUAAGCAGCACAAAUGUGGUGCCUGUAUUUUUUUGAUGGUGGCUAAUGAUGAUGAUUUUUCUUCUGUGACAGGUGAUUUAGAAGUUGCGGUGGCUGAAUUGGUUGACGGCGGCGUCACGCCGGAGGACACCUCGAUUCACGCCGCUCAAUUGAGCUUGCACGCUCUUUCUGGCGACCAAGCUGCUGACACCUUUCGACUUUCGGGUCGGAUCUCCUUGGAACCAGUGGAUAUUCUUGUUGAUAGGGGUAGUACCCAUAAUUUCAUUAAAGAGACUAUUGUUGCAGCUUUGGGCCUGAAGUUGAGCCCAAUUGAUCCAUUCCGGAUUUUGGUGGGUAGUGGCCAAGAGUUGUUAUGUUCUCAUAUUUGCCAGGGGGUGUCAAUAGUAAUGCAAGGCCACUCAUUCUCCAUGGACCUAUUUGUUUUGGGUUUGCGGGGUGCUGAUGUAGUGCUGGGAGCCCAAUGGUUGAAAAGGUUAGGCCCAGUUUUAAUGAAUUAUAAUUCCCUUACUAUGACCUUUUUUCACAACAAUACUUGUGUCGAGUUAAAAGGAGAUUCACCCACUCCUACUGUAGGCUUACAUCACUUCCAAAGGCUUACGAGACUUGACCCAGAAGCCCAAUUAUUCUCCCUUCAUAUCACCAGUCCAUAUGAUACACCUACUCAACCCACACCCACCCACUCACCUUCCUUACCCGAUACAGACCACCUUGACCCAGAUUUCAUUUCCCUCAUCUCUAAACACUCUUAUCUAUUCACUGAACCCUCCACCCUCCCCCCAUAUCGUCCCACCGACCACACUAUCCCCCUCUUACCUCAAUCCACACCAGUAAACGUCCGACCCUACUGUUACCCCCAUUCCCAAAAACUAGAAAUUGAAUCCCAAGUGGCCAAGUUUUUGAAGAGAGGGUGGAUACAACCUAGCACAAGCCCUUUCUCAUCUCUAGUGCUUCUGCUUAAAAAGAAAAUGGUUCUUGGCAUACGCUUGGCUCCGGGUGAUGUUCCUAAGACCGCCUUCCGCACUCACGACGGCCAUUAUGAGUAUCGUGUUAUGCCGUUUGGCUUGUGUAACGCUCCGGCAACCUUCCAGGCUACGAUGAACGACAUAUUUCGUGAGUUGCUGCGUAAAUUUGUCAUCGUCUUCUUUGAUGACAUCCUGGUCUUCAACUCUUCACUUGAUACACAUUUGGAUCAUCUGACGCAGGUCUUUACUAUCUUGGCUAAUCACAAAUUUCACUUGAAACCCACAAAAUGUUCAUUUUGUCAAAGUCAGAUUGCUUACUUGGGCCAUAUUGUUUCUGAGGGCACGGUGGCACCUGACCCACUUAAGAUACAGGGAGUGGUAGAUUGGCCAACUCCUAAAUCAGUGAAGAGUUUGCGUGGAUUUCUUGGCUUGUCUGGUUUCUAUCGGAAGUUUGUGCAGGGGUAUGCUACUUUGGCUCACCCUCUAACUUCAUUACUUAAGAAGAAUUCCUUUGAGUGGUUUGAUCUUGCUCAGCAGGCUUUUGAUGAGUUGAAGGUUGCUUUGGCCACAGCACCGGUUCUUGUGUUGCCGGAUUUCUCAUUGCCUUUUACAGUGCAAACUGAUGCUUCUGGGUAUGCUAUAGGGCUGUUUUGUUACAAAAUGAACACCCUAUCGCCUAUUUUAUACAAGCCCGGGAAGACGAAUACUGUUGCGGAUGCCCUGUCUCGUUGUCAAGAACCCCAUGUUGCUGAGUUGAAUGUGCUAUCCACCCCUCAGUUCUUGCUCAUUGAUGAUUUGCGAAAAGAAUUGAGUUCGGAUGUUGACUAUCAGACUAAGUGUCAGCAAGUUGCUGUUGAUCCCUCUCUUGCUCUGGAUUACACUGUUUCUAAUGGGUUAUUAUUGCACAAAGGGCGCAUUUGGAUCCCUUCUACAUCUCGUUUCAAGGCCCUGUUGCUUAAGGAAUUCCAUGAAACUUCUAUUGGAGGCCAUGCAGGGAUUAAAUAUGUGACAAGUAAACCAGGGGGGCUACUCCAGCCACUGCCCAUUCCGGUACGUAUUUGGGAAGACAUUUCCCUUGACUUUGUCACCGGGUUACCUGCUUCUAAUGGGUUUACAGUUCUGCUUGUUGUGGUGGAUCGUUUCUCCAAGUAUGUGCACUUAGGAGCAUUGCCUUCUAAUUUCACUGCAUAUAAGGUGGCUGAUUUAUUUGUCAAUAUUGUUUGCAAAUUACAUGGGUUGCCAAGGAGAAUUGUUUCGGAUAGAGAUCCGGUGUUUAUUAGCAAAUUUUGGACUGAGCUGUUUAAGUUCUGA